CUGUGUUAAAGUUUCUUUUCAUAGUUUUUAGUAAGUGUUUGCGUAACAAACUUGUACGUAAUACAUGGCGUAACGAAAACUUUACGUUGGUAACAGAAAGCCAACAAAUAAGUUGAUAUAUUACUGAUAGUAUUAUUAAUAAAGAUGAGCACUUCAAACAACCGUGGACCCACUGGUAAUGGAGCCGGAAGAGCUGGCAAUGAAGACGAUGAUUUAGACGAAGAUGAAAAGAAUUACGUAUCAUCUUGGUACAAACAAACACAAGACCGAAUGGAAUUCCCGAAGGUCAAAGCUGUCAUUGCCGCGCAAAGAUUCAAAAAUCUGUUGGCAAAACCGAAGCAGCAGCCGGAACCAAGUCCAGAACCCUCCCCUGAGCCUUCACCGGAACCAAGUCCAGAACCCUCCCCUGAGCCCUCGCCGGAGCCGACCCGAGAACCAACUCCUCAACCGGUUCGGGAACCAACUCCUCAACCGGUUCGGGAACCAACUCCUCAACCGGUUCGGGAACCAACACCGGAACCCGAGCCUACGCCAACUCCCCCUCCCCAACCAGUGGUUGUGAAAGUCCCGAAGAAGAAGAAGAAGAAGAAGCCACAGAAGCGGAUGCCAAAAGAACCGGCUGAUUCACGGGAAAAUUUGAGAUAUAUUGAGCCAUUUAAACCAAAGUUGAAGAAACGACCAAAUGAGGUCUCAGAGGCUGCCAGGCUGCAACAUCUGGAGAAGUGGCAGGUCGACUUUGCCACCCGAUUCCUAGAUGCAUCCUGGGGAGACCCCUACUUUGCGCGGUCAGUGAUGCUGGACAUGAACAAGAAGAUAAGGACGAGGCAGUACGACAUAGACAGGAACAAGAGACACAUUCUGGAGAUGCAGAAGGACCACCAGGUCAUGCGGGACUACGUGAGGGAGUUGGAGGCCAGAAACACAGACCUCAAAAACAACUACAUCAGAGGGGUUCCUAUUCCUUCUGAGCCGCUUCCGCCGGUACCUUUGGAGUCCCUGAGCUACGAGGAGAGGAGGGGCGUGGAGAAUAGACUGUCUCUGGUAGAUGACAUCCAGACUCUGAGAGAGAAACAGUUCAUAGACGUCGAAGUCCUCCGAGACUACUCCCGGAGACUAGGUGGACACCUUAGCAGACCGGACAUGGAGGCCAUACGUUACUUCGUGCCCACCCACUCCAGAUUUGAGAACCCACAAAUGGACGAUUUCUACGAGGACCUGAAAGAGAAGUACUUCCUUCUUCAGGCCACAGUGGACAAACAGAAGCAAACUUUGGAUAGUAUGGAGGGGAGGAUGAAGGCCAAUGACGUCAUAGGGAAGAGACAGUUGGACAAGAUAGCAGAGGCACAUCACAGGGAUACAAUUCUUUUCAACGACAGGAUGGCACGAUAUAUGGACGCCAGGAAGCAUGACCCUGUUCUGGACUACUACCAGAACUACAGAUCCCUUCUGGAAGAUCCCCGGCUGGAGGCCAUGAGAGAGGCCAAGUACACAGAGGGAUACAGGAAGUCGAAGUUGAAAAACAGAAUAGACGAACUGGACAGAGAAAUUACCAACUACAGAAGAUCACACAUUCUAAAUAGAACCAAGUAGAUCACGGGUAUUUUCUGGUAUACUGCCCGUAGCUAGAAGCACGUUAAAUGAUUUUCCUUCGUUUC